AUGGCGGGAGGCAUGAAAGUGGCGGUCUCUCCUGCAGUGGAUGCCGGGCCCUGGGGCUGGGGGGCCGGGGGCGGCGGGGCAGUGCGGCUGCUCCUGGUUCUCUCCGGAUGCUUGGUCUAUGGCUCAGCUGAACUUAAUGUGGUCAUGCUUCAGGAAUCUCGAGUUUAUACUAUGAAUACCAGGCAACAAUUCUGUUAUGAAAAUGUGCUUAUCCCAAAGUGGCAUGAUAUAUGGACACGGAUACAGAUUCGGGUAAAUAGUUCCAAACUGGUACGAGUCACCCAGGUGGAGAAUGAGGAGAAGCUGAAGGAGCUGGAGCAGUUUAGUAUCUGGAACUUUUUUUCUUCCUUUUUAAAAGAGAAAUUGAAUGACACCUAUGUUAAUGUGGGACUAUACAGCACAAAAACCUGCCUCAAAGUUGAGAUUAUAGAGGAAGACACCAAGUACAGUGUCACUGUGACCCGCAGAUUUGAUCCCAAACUCUUUCUCGUUUUCCUUCUUGGACUUACGUUAUUUUUUUGUGGAGACUUGUUGAGCAGAAGCCAAAUCUUCUACUAUUCCACUGGGAUGAGUGUGGGAAUUGUGGCAUCUCUGCUAAUCAUUAUUUUCAUGCUGUCCAAGUUUAUGCCCAAGAAAAGUCCCAUUUAUUUCAUCCUGGUGGGAGGCUGGUCCUUUUCGCUAUAUCUCAUUCAACUAGUUUUUAAAAAUUUACAAGAGAUCUGGAGGGCCUACUGGCAGUAUCUUUUAACUUAUGUCCUUGCAGUUGGAUUUAUGAGUUUUGCAGUCUGUUACAAGCUUGGGCCCUUGGAGAAUGAACGAAGUAUCAACCUGCUGACCUGGACCUUGCAGCUGAUGGGCCUCUGUUUCAUGUAUUCUGGCAUCCAGAUACCAAAGAUUGCUUUGACCAUUAUCAUCAUUGCUCUGUGUACUAAGAACCUGGAGUACCCUAUUCGGUGGCUGUACAUCACCUACAGAAAGAUGUGUAAGGCAACAGAAAAGAUUGUCCCCCCUCGUCUCCUGACAGAAGAAGAGUAUCGGAUACAAGGAGAGGUGGAAACUCAAAAGGCGUUAGAGGAGCUUCGAGAAUAUUGUAACAGUCCAGACUGCUCUGCUUGGAAGACUAUUUCUCGAAUCCAGUCUCCAAAGAGAUUUGCUGACUUUGUGGAAGGUUCUUUUCACCUCACACCAAAUGAAGUUUCUGUCCAUGAGCAGGAGUAUGGAUUAGGGAGCAUUAUUGCCCAGGAUGAGAUCUAUGAAGAAACAUCCUCUGAGGAGGAGGACGCAGAUUCUCAGUACCCCACUGUCAUGCAGAACAACUUUUUGACUUAG